UUGUGACAGAACAUUUUGUUGCUGAGGUUAUAAAGUGAAGCAUCUUACUUUUAAAUCACAUUAAAUUUUAAAAUAAACAAUUUGGGUGGAGUUGUAUAAUAUAUAAAAACAUGAAUUUAAAUAUUUCAAGUCUUGCAAAUUUUGUUUGGAAAUCACAAGCAGUUGCAGGAUGUAAUUAUCAACAAGUCAGGAACAAAUGGGCGAAUUGGCUUAUGAUAAGAGAUGUGAAGCGGCGUCGCCUGAACGCUGAGCAUUACCUCGAGAGGACCAGGAUCAACGCUCUGAGGAAGAACGACGUGCUGCCUGUGGAGAUACGGGAGAUGGCUGAUAAAGAAAUUAACAAAUUUGAGCUCAACUCCACACCUCUAAGGAUCAACAACAGAUGUGUUAUUACAUCUAGGCCCCGUGGAAUUGUGAAGGAAUGGCGCAUGAGUCGUAUUGUGUGGAGACACCUUGCAGACUACAAUAAGCUUUCUGGAGUACAGAGAGCCAUGUGGGGCUAAAUUAUACAUAGUUUGUUCUUUAGUAAUCAUAGUGUUAGAAAUAUAUGUUAUUUAAAAUA